GGUGGCGCCGCUCUACUUGUGCUCUCGCCUUUCUGAAGCUGCUAUUAUGAAUGAUGAGUAUAUUAUUUAUCUUCACGAUACAUGUCAAGUAAGUGUUAUAGGUAGAUUUAACAAUUUAUUCAAUCUUUGAUUUACAUCGAUUUCAAUCGAAUCCUUAAUUCGCUUAUGAUGCAUUAAAAUUAUGAGUUUUUGAAGAAUUAAUAUGUUUUGAUGUACAAACAAAUUCGAAGAAGCUCACCUCUGUUGGUCUAGGUGUUUUGAUAGUCUGUAUGAUAUGUGAUACUAUGCUCAAUCAAGGGUUUACUUGUACUUACUCAUUGCUUCCGUUCCUUUCAAGUACUAGCUAUGUUUUCUUUGUUUAAUCUUGUGAUUAAUCUUAUCUGUUUGUGUUGGUUGGUCGGCAGGUGGAAAGGGGGAGGGGUUUUGAAAACAAAGAGGAAAUAGAUAAUGAAAUAAUGAAGAAAAUGCUCCAACCUGGAUUGAGAAUCCUUUUCAUAGCAUAUAUGUUAAGGACAUGUGGUUAUCCUUCAUCACUCCCUGCAGCUGAACCACAUCAAAGCUACAACUCGGAGCAGUAUGAUCCUUACCAAGAACGGGGUCGAGUCCACGUGGGUAUAAGGAUCAUGGACUUGAUCCAAAAAAUCAAUACUAUAUAUCCGGAAUUCCCGAGGCUGGAUCAGUGAGUGACGGGGAAGAGGGUACACCUAUGAGGCAUUCUAAACCGGCUUCUUCAGUUCAGGAAGUGCCAAAAGUAACAGCUCCAGGUCCUGAUCGGCCAAGCUCUGUGCAGGCUUUUCACGACGGAGCUGCGGCAUUCUAUGCCACAACUGUAGCUUCUCCUACCCUCCAUCCCUAUAUGGGGAGAAGGCAGGUGUUACUUUAUCUUAUGCUUAGCUUUGUGUUUCUGAUUCCUUUACUGCCUUUUUAUCGGUCCCAUUACACUCAAAAAGCUUUUGCUUGAUAUGUGUUACAAGGAGUACAAUAUGGAUCAGGGACGCCCUUCUAGGUUGACUUUGCUUUCUUAUAUCUGAAAUCUAAUAGCUAAUGAACUAAAGUAUGUGGAUAUACUUUUCUUUGUUUGUCAUUGCAGAAGAAAAAUUACUCCAUAUAUCUGUGUUGAAAAGAAAUGCACAAUUUUAGUUUUUUAAACAUUAAAUUGAAACUUUAUACAAGUGUUCUAAUAAAAUUAAAUCUUGGGUUAACAGGAUAAGUUUGAGCUGAGGAGAGAAAAAAGAAACUGAACCAAUCUUGAGUCAGCUAGGAGAUCAAGACUAUGCAAAUCUUGGGCUCCCUCAAGAAGAAGAGCGCGUGUUAGAUGAGGAGCGUACCGAAGAGGCCUUCACAAUUCACCAAAGUCAACUUCUCAAGCAUAGGACAAUCGAAGAUAUGUUCUUCAGCAAUAACAACAUCAAUCAGCUCAUGAUUUUUCAAACAAGUAAGUCCUCCCGGUGCAGGUCUAAAUGUGUCAGAUUCAAACAAGUAAGAUUCAAAGAAGCCU